AUCGUGUGGCAAGGUAAAACAAAAGCAACAACGUUUCUAGUUACUUUGCAUGAAUUAUUAAAAUAUUCGCUGUGGUUAAUGUAAUUUAAACGAAUAGGCGUGUGCGUGAAUGUACUUAAGAUCAAGCUACAUAUUAUCAGUUAAAUGAUACCAAAGCGGCCUCUCAAAUGUGUCGAUUUAUAUGUUAUUUUUGGAUGAGUAUUUAAUGAGAGCAGCAGCAGCAGCAGCAGCAUGGAAAGCGAACGACUCUGCAUUCGACUGGACAAUCCAGAUCGCAUUUUUUAUGCCGGCCAAGUCAUACGCGGCGAUAUUUGGAUGAAUCUGACCAAGCGUACCAAAAUACGAGCUAUUAAAAUUCAGGUAACUGGCAAAGGCAAAUGCAAAUGGAUGGAAAUCCUGCGAAAGAACUCCAACAACAAUGAGUACACACGCAGCCUAUUCUACACGAGCAAAGAGAUUUACGAGCACAGCGAAACUCCGCUCCCAGAAUUCGAGCCUCGCGGCCUAGAGUUGUCACCCGGCGAGCACACAUUCACCUUCAAUGUGGCACUCGGCCACCAGCUGCCCUCCAGCUUCCGGGGCAGCUACGGCAGCAUCAAAUACAAGAUGCGCAUCCUCAUUCAACGACCCUGGACCUUUGACCAGCGACACACGAUCCCCUUUACGGUUGUAAAGAACAUGCCACUGCCAGCGACCUAUCGCAGCAAUCCCACACCGCUGGAGAAGCAAAUUACGAAGACAAUUAGCCUUUUUGGCACACGACCAAUCACAAUGUUGGCCCUGCUGCCCGAGGAUUUUGCAGUGCGCGGCGAACCGUUGCGCAUCUGUGUUACAGUUGUCAACAACAGCACAACCAAUGUGGAGAAACUGCGCUUCAACAUUUUGCAGUACAUCACCUACUACAGCCACGUCCCGUUGCGUGUGCAGAAGGUCGAGUGCAUUGCGAUUGCCAAUAAGGAGACGGGCGCCGUGGCGAAGAAGAGCGAACGCAGCUUUGCCCACGAGCUGCUCAUGCCGGACACGGCGCAGCCGACGGACGAGGAGUACAGUGGCAUCAUAACCAUAUCCUAUGAGCUGCGCGUUGAGGCCGUGCUGCGGGGCUUCUUCAAGAAUCUGGUGCUUAAUUUGCCGUUCAAGGUCUAUUCGCAGGAUGUGUCCGCCAGGCUGGGCUCGAUGCGACCAUCGCUGCCGCCCCGACCCGACGAUGGACCACCUGGUCCGGACGAUGCCGCCGCCAGCGUUGCGCCAGGCAAUCCAUUUGAGCCGUCAGCUGCACUGUCUGUCUAUCCAGCGCUAGACUCUUCCAUUGGCUCGCCAUCGCAUUCGUCGCAGUACAGCGAAUGCAGUUCCCUGAACUCCACCACAUCGGACUCCACACUGAGCCCGGCUGUUGGUGGUGUUGAGCUGUCCUACACUUCCUACACAUCGGACUCGCAGUCCUCGCAGUUUGGCAGCCCCUCGGCUAGGGCCAGCCUGCGUAGCAACUGUAACGUGCCCUACAUGCCUUAUUCGUCCAGCCCACUGAUGGUGCAAUCGUAUCCACCGCCACAUCUACCACCGUACCCGUUGCCCGAUUCGCCGCAAUAUACGCUGCUCGCUCUGCCUCCACUCCCCCCACCGACAACGGCAACGGGAACGUCGUCAACGGCAGCACAGGCUCCAGUUGGUGCCGGCUACAGCCAAUUGCCAUCCACCUCAGCGGCGUCCGGAUCGCUUAGGCAGACACGCCAAUCCGCCGGCGCACACGCAUUGCCUCCCUCGUACGAUGAGCUCUUUGGCAACGCCAAUGCGCCGCCGGAGUCACCGAAGUGAGUUGCAGCCACGCCCCAACAUAGUUCAUGCCGCCCAGUUAUAUCUAAGCCUUGCCCAAACAAUGCUUCAGGUUUUAAUUUAGACUGCUUACAGCCCAUAGCAGAAAACACUUCUCGAGUUGUGUAUCUCAAAAACUAAUGUUACAAAUCGUAUCUCGAAUGAACAAAUUGGAAGAGGAAACAUAGUGAACAAUGCCAUCAACUUUAAGCAAAAAUAUUUACAAUGCCAAUCAACGUAAAUCAACGCAUAAACUAUGCACACAGUAAUGAAUUUAAAAUAAUUUUAAUCAUUUAACGUAUUCAUAGGUUUCGCAUUAGCUCCUAAGAAAUUGAAAAGCAAUUUGCAUAAGUGAAGCAGCAAAUCCGUUUGCCUUUUGCCAAUUUUGUGUUCGCACCUUUGAAAAAGGCGUGGCAGCAACUGACUUUCAUCUCCUAUCAGAUACGUAGCUUAUUGGCUUGUUCUUAUUCGAAAUAUUCAAAACAUUAUUAGACUUAUGAACCAAUGUAUAUUAGCAGUUAGUUAAACGAAAUUUACACAAAUGCCGUUAACUAAAUUCGCCACAAGAAUCGUCAUGAAUUUAAUUUCAAUUAAUUUCUUAUUUAUUCUACGGUUAAAAACUCAUUCUUGAAUUUAUUCUAAUAUCUAAUUCUAUUUAGAUAACCAAAAAAAUGUAGCAACAGCUUUUUAAAAGUCUGUUAAUUAAUAAUCCAAAAUUGUUUUUGACAGCCAACUGUGUAUGCAUUUUUUAAAAAAUUUCGAAUCACUUUUUUUUUUUUUUAAGUCCGAACUUUAUUAUUGUGUUUAGCUACUUCAUCAACUCCCACAUUUUUGACAAAUAUUUAUUGUUCUUAUUUAUUUCCUGCACCUCAUUUAAACAAGUGAAAACAGCAAUUGCUUUGAUCUAUGAGAUCGAAGCGGUAUUGAAUCGAUCGAUAUUUGAAAAACGACCUCGGCAUACUGCUGUCGUUUGCAAUGUGAACACUUUAGUUGUAAGUCACACAAAUCAAACCAUAACAUUAGUUAUAUUUCGUUAAGGUGCUUUAUAUAAUUAUUCAGCGAAUAUUUUUGGAGAAUUUUAAUUGCGAGUUCAUUUUGACAUUUGAUUUUUAAACGCAAUGAAACCAAUAAAAUGUUAUACAAUUCAAAUAUUGA